AUGACUAUUCCUCCUGGCUAUUCUCCUCGAGAGGGGGAGACUUUUCCACAUCAACCUGUUUGCCACCUCCACAAGUCAAUCUAUGGGUUGAAACAAGCUUCCCGACAGUGGUUUCAUAAGUUUUCACGAAUAUUACUUCAAGAAGGCUUCUAUCAGUCACAAUGUGACCAUUCCCUAUUUGUCAGACAACAAGGUGAAACCUUCUUAGCAUUGUUGGUUUAUGUCGAUGACAUUGUUAUUGCCAGUAAUGACGAUCAGGCUGUCGAAGAACUCAAAGGUACACUCAAACAAAAAUUUAAAAUGAAAGAUUUGAGAAUUCUCCGAUAUUUUCUUGGACCUGAAAUUGCAAGAAAUGACACAGGAAUCACUUUGUGCCAAAGGAAAUAUGCAUUGGAUCUCUUAACUGAGACUGGAUAUCUUGGUUGUAAACCCUCAUCUAUUCCUAUGGAUCCUAAUAUCAAAAUGUCUAAAGAUGAUGGCGAGCUCCUGAGUGAUAUCACCAGCUAUCGACGACUAAUUGGAAAACUGUUGUAUUUAACCAUCUCUCGCCCUGACAUAUGCUACUCUGUCAAUAGAUUGAGUCAAUUUCUGGCUACUCCUAGAACCAGUCACCUCCAAGCCGCCUUACGGAUUCUCCAGUACAUCAAGAGAACCCUUGGACAAGGUCUUUUCUUUCCUUCAUCAUCUGCCAUUCAGAUUAAGGUCUUUUCUGAUGCUGAUUGGGGGAUAUGUCCGGAUACUAGAAGAUCCCUCACUGGUUUUUGUGUUUUCCUUGGGUCUUCAUUAGUCUCAUGGAAAUCAAAGAAACAAUAA